CCCCAAGUUGAGUGCGAUGUGAAGAAGACGAGCCAAUUCUGACAUCUCUCCUCUCUCUUUUCAUCCAGGGGAUACGAAUAGCUAGGGAAGCUCCUGCCCCUCCUCCGAGAUAGUCCUCGACGGAAAAAAAAUAUCGACCUCAACGCAUUGCAGUAAUUAGCAACGACCCCGCCAAUUACUCACCCGCUCGUUCUGGUCAGGGUGGUGUCAGCAGUGUUCAUACACUGGAAGCGUACAGAAUAAGUUGCCAAGAGUUGGAGGUUAUUGCAGGGCAUCCGACCGAGCUCCGCUGCGCAUUUGACGAAACGAAAUCUCCACGCCAGGUUAUCAAUCCUUUUCGACAAUGCUUUCCAAGGUAGCCAUCCGGGCUGUCGUCCGAGCCGGACGCCGAGCUGCUCCAAGGCUCAGACUGUCUUCGGCGGCGGUAACCGUCCCACUGACGCGCCGUGCCUAUUCGACAUCGCGCGGUAGCGACUUCAACACAAGGGCAGCCGUCAUCCAGGUCUUGAACAGUGUCGGGUCCAAGAGGGAGGUACAGCAAUACCUUUCGCACUUCUCCUCUGUUUCUUCGCAGCAGUUCGCCGUCAUCAAGGUCGGCGGUGCUAUCCUGACGGAGCAUCUCGAGGAGCUCUGUUCUUCCCUGGCUUUCCUCUACCACGUCGGCCUCUAUCCCAUCAUCGUCCAUGGCGCCGGACCGCAGCUCAACAAGCUGCUGGAGGAAGCUGGUGUCGAGCCGCAAUUCGAGGAGGGCAUCCGUGUCACCGACGGCAAAACGCUGGGCGUUGCGAGGCGGCUUUUUCUCGCUGAGAACCUCAAGCUUGUCCAGCGUCUAGAGUCCAUGGGCGUUCGUGCACGACCCAUCACCUCGAGCGUCUUCAGCGCCGAAUACCUAGACAAGGAGAAGUGGAACCUCGUGGGCAAGAUCACAGACAUCAACAAGGAGCCCAUCGAGACGGCAAUCGCCAACGGCUACCUGCCCAUCUUGACCUCGAUGGCUGAGACGACCGACGGACAAAUACUGAACGUCAACGCCGAUGUUGCCGCGGGUGAGCUAGCCCGCGUUCUGGAGCCCCUGAAGGUGGUAUAUCUGAGCGAGAAGGGUGGCUUGUUCGAUGGCGAUGGGCACAAGAUCUCUGCUAUCAACCUCGAUGAAGAGUACGACCAAAUCAUGUCACAGUGGUGGUGCAAAUUUGGAACCCGACUGAAGAUCAAGGAGAUCAAGGAAUUGCUUGACGGCCUACCCAGAACAUCGAGCGUGGCUAUCAUUCAUCCCGCCGAGCUGCAGAAGGAGCUGUUCACCGAUUCCGGGGCCGGAACCCUUAUUCGCCGCGGAGACAAGUUGAUGACUGCUGAGAGCGUAUCCGAUAUCACCGAUCUCGCAAAGCUUAAGGAUGUACUUAUUCGCGAUCGUGAUGUUACGGAUGCGAGGGCGACGGUUGACCGAUAUUUGGAUUUCCUGAAGGAGCGCAAGUUCAAGGCAUUUUUCGACGAGCCCAUGAAGGCCCUCGCCGUUGUUCUUCAGCCCUCUCCCGACAAGAGCUACUCGACUUUGGCAACCUUGACCAUCACCAAGUCCGGCUGGCUCACCAACGUCGCAGACAAUCUCUUCUCGGCCAUCAAGAAAGAAUAUCCGAGCUUGGUAUGGACCGUGAAGUCAGAUGACGAGAACUUGACCUGGUUCUUCGAGAAGGCCGACGGCAGCCUGGUCCGCGGCAACGACGUCCUAUUCUGGUACGGCAUUGAGCAAGGCCAGGAGCUUGUCGACCUUAUGAAGGAGUUCACUACUCACGGCCGAUCGAUGCUGGGUGAGUCCAAUUUGGAGGCUCGUCUUCACGCUGCUGCGCAAGUAGCAUCUCAGAACUUGAAGACCCACUUUGCUUCGGGCUCUCCAGCCAACCAAGCCAGGGGCUACUCAACUCUGAGCCGGCGCCCCGUCCUGGGAGCCGCUAGUGGCAUGAUUAAGGGAUUAUCUCGAGGUUACGCGACAACCACCAACCCCAAUCCCCCAUAUGGCAACAAGCAUGCUUCGAACACUCAGCCGUCGAGGGUCGCCUUGAUCGGCGCUCGUGGAUACACUGGGCAGGCCUUGAUCAGCCUUAUCAACGCUCACCCCAACUUUGAAUUGCGACAUGUGUCUUCUCGCGAGUUGGCAGGACAGAAGCUCCAAGGGUAUGACAAGAAGGAGGUCAUCUACGAGAACCUCAGCGCCGACGAGGUCAAGAACAUGGAGGAGAGAGGCGAGAUAGACGUUUGGGUUAUGGCGCUACCCAACGGUGUUUGCAAGCCUUUUGUUGAUGCUAUCGAUGCGGCGCAGAAGUCUUCGUCUCGAGAAUACCCCAGUGUCAUUGUGGACUUGUCGGCAGACUACCGAUUCAAUGACAAAUGGACAUACGGCCUUCCUGAGCUGGUGAAGCGCUCCAACAUCGCUCAAGCCACUCGAAUCUCCAACCCCGGCUGCUAUGCUACCGCAGCCCAACUCGGUAUUGCUCCUUUAGUGGAGUUCCUUGGGGGACAGCCAUCGAUCUUUGGCGUUUCUGGAUAUUCAGGGGCUGGCACCAAGCCAUCGCCCAAGAACAAUGUCGACAACCUGACGAAUAAUAUUAUCCCUUACAGCUUGACUGACCACAUCCACGAGCGAGAAAUCAGCAGCCAGCUUGGUGCCCAGGUUGGAUUCAUCCCUCACGUUGCCGUAUGGUUCCAAGGUAUCCACCACACCAUUAAUAUCCCCCUCAAUAAGACCAUGACAUCGCGGGACAUCAGACAGAUCUACCAAGAUCGUUACGCAGGUGAGAAGUUGGUCAAGGUUGUCGGCGAGGCACCUUCGGUCAAGGCUAUUAGUGGCAAGCACGGUGUUGAAAUUGGUGGUUUUGCCGUGCACAGCUCAGGGAAGCGAGUCGUGAUUUGCGCCACUAUUGACAACUUGCUCAAGGGAGCGGCUACGCAAUGCUUACAGAACAUGAACCUGGCACGCGGCUACGGAGAGUUUGAAGGCAUCCCGCCCAUGGAGUAAAUAGAGUUGCGGACUGGCUGUUAAGAGAAGGAUGUUUCUUGUAUUUUUGUGUUUCUUGGUGCUUGUGCUUCGUGUAUAUACCUCUGCAAGACUGAAGAGCUGUUCAUACAGUAUGUCAUGCCCUGACAGGCGCAGCUAGAAGCUAUAGGCCACCACUGGAGUAGACGGGUAAUUUCAUACAUAGCGGUAUUCCAAGUUGGGUUCUAGUUGAUCAACUGGGUUAUUAUCAAAUCAUGCC